CUUAACCGGCCAUGUAGAUACAUGUGUCUGUAGUGUUUUGCUUGUUGUUUUCUGUUUACAGCAACAGAUCCAGUGUUUGAUUUAUAUUUUAUAUAUAUUGUAUUUAGUCUGAUAUUGGAAUUUCAGACAUCACAAUCAUGGCUGCUAGUUGUCGCAGACCCGAGCACAUGGCACCUCCGGAGGUGUUCUACAAUGAACAAGAGGCAAAGAAGUAUUCUCAAAACUCUCGGAUGAUCGAGAUCCAGAGCCAGAUGUCGGAGAGAGCAGUAGAGCUGAUGAGCUUGCCAGAAGACCAGGCUUGCUAUUUGUUGGAUAUAGGCUGUGGCUCUGGACUCAGUGGAGAUUAUUUAUCAGAAGAAGGCCAUUACUGGGUCGGUGUGGACAUCAGCACGGCCAUGUUGAACGUUGCCUUGGACAGAGAAGUGGAUGGAGAUCUCAUACUAGGAGACAUGGGACAAGGAUUGCCUUUCCGACCAGGGAGUUUUGAUGGCUGUAUCAGUAUCUCGGCUCUGCAGUGGCUUUGCAAUGCAGAUAAGAAGACGCACAGUCCAGCCAAGAGACUCCAUACCUUCUUCAGCAAACUGUACUCAGCCCUGACCAGAGGUGCCCGAGCCGUAUUCCAGAUAUAUCCGGAAAAUUCCGAACAGCUGGAGCUGAUCACAGCCCAGGCCAUGAGAGCAGGCUUCACCGGCGGUCUGGUGGUUGAUUACCCCAACAGUAGCAAAGCCAAAAAGUUCUUCCUUUGCCUUUUUGCUGGCGUGUCUGGCGUCUUGCCCAAGGGUUUAGGGACAGAGACUGCUGACAGAAAUGUUUCGAAUCAAGCGCAGUUCUCAGGACAAAGGUCUCGUUUCAAAAACUUGAAAGGCAAAUCCCUGAAAAAGAGCAAGGACUGGAUCAAGGAGAAGAAGGAGAGGAGGAGAAGGCAGGGCAAGGACGUGAGGGCUGAUACGAGAUACACAGGCCGCAACAGGAGACCGCGAUUCUGAAGACUGUUGUGACCGGCAGUCUGCGUCUGGCUUCGUCAGGCUUUUUCUGUUGAGACACACUUUUGUGGACUAAACAAGAUGGCUGACUUUAUGGACUUAAGUUUUCUGUUUUUUUGAACAAGUGCUAUAUGAUGAAAUAUAGUUUGAGUAAAUGGGAGGACUAAUGAGCAGCAUAAUAUGAUGUGUUUUUAAAAGGCAAAUAUUUCUUAGCCAUUCGAAAUUAUGAAACCAUUUUUUUGUUAAAUAAAAAUGGCUUUCCCUGA